UUUACGUCAUUUUCUUCAACAACACGUUGGGAUUGCCAUGGCGACAAAUGAAGAAGACAAGUCCGGCGGCAACGAAGGAACUGCGACAGAGGAGAAAAGUUCCAGCAGAGCAUGCGCUGAGACCACUUUGGAUGCGCUCGCCGUGGUGGGCCGUGGCGUGAUGGCCACUGGAUCAGGAAUUCUCACCGUCAUGCAGUACACAGCUUACCCAAUCAAAGAGGGUGUGCUUUGCGUGAUGGAUACCACGGGUGAAUACUUUUCACCAUAUUUGAAGAAGCAAGCGGCAACUAAUGUGCCCACAUUCCGAUACGGAUGAGAGGCAUUCCGUUAUGCGGCUUGGAUAUGGCUAUUUGUUGAGCUGCCUCGAGAGUGCGGCUCAAUGUGCUGUCACUGCUUGUUGGCUGUAGAUCGGUGCAACUGAAUCUCCAACGCAGCCGUUUUCAAGAUCCAGCCCAAGUUGCCUCCUUUGAAUCACAUACAGUAAGAGCUUGUGGCUUUGCUCAUUCUCUGGGUCUCCUUGAUCCAUGAGAGCUUACUCGCACGACGAGGUUGCAAUGGGAUGCAGUGCACAAGCUGUGACCCCAUACCAAAAGAAUCAGAAUCACAGCGAAGCUGUGAGGAAAAUGAAGUCAACCUGCACAGCUC